AUGUUGAAGGCAUUGCAAAGUGGUCAACCGGUGCUUGGAUGUGCACGACCGUCAUGUUUUGGUUGGGGAAUCAAAACUGAUAAAGGUGCCCGGUUUUAUCGAAUACAUAAGAAAAAUGAUGGAUUUUUGCGCCGCAGUGAUCUCAAGAAAUAUGAUAAAGCAAAAAUUGUGGCACGAGAAUCACAGCUAGCUUUUUGUGAAAAAAGCUAUGGCAGUUUAUCAUGUGAUGAGAAUAUGCAAUGGGUUGGAGGCUUAUCACCUUCAUCAAAUAUCACUGCAUCACCGCUUUUCUUGCAAUGCUGCACAUUUGAGAAGUUGAAAAAUUCUUGGGAUCGCGGAGUUGCAGACGUAAAUCCGGGACAAAUUGUUGUUGGUGGUGAGGUAGUGCAAGGUGAACGACAAUACGCUUUCGAUUACAUUGCAAAUGUUAAAAAAUAUUUCAGGAUGAAUGGAAGUGUAGCAUACAGUGUAACAGUUCGACGAUUUUGGUGUCUCCCAUAUCCGACAAAAUCCGAUCUCUAUGGCAAGUGA